GGGGGGGGGGGGGGGGGGGGGGCUCGUGUCGAGGUCACAGUGUGGAGCAACGAAAGAAUCGACGGCACUGCUCGUCUGAGAAUCUCAAUUCGAUUUGAGCAUUCAGAGGUUUUCAAGAUUGGAGAGGCCGUCGGUCAAAUGCGCGCAAAAAGAGAGAGAGGCGAACGAACUGUGGCAACCGUCCGACCUCUCCCGACCAGCAAGCAAGGUAAGCCAGCCAGCCAGCCAGUGACGGGAAAAAGCAAGCAUUUGAAUCAGAAACAGCGACCAACGAGGAUGAGCACUGACGCACUCGGAUUAGUGACAACAUCGGGCCAGACAAACGACCGUAAUGGCAGCGAGUACGUGAGAGAUCGUUCCAGGAAGUUGACCCAGCUCGUCCGGUCAACACCGCGAUGCUCGGUGCCCCUUUGAGGAAUGACACUCGGAUCCAGUUCGCCCUGUUGACAGAAUUUGACAUACAUUCAGAAUCGGUGCCAUCGCAGCUGAAUGGAUGGAUAGAUAGGUAGAUAUCCAGCCCCGAGAGAUGGCGAGCAAGUGUGCACAGCUCCGGCCGAGCCCAAGCCCAGGCCCAGGCCGCCGAUGAGCAGAGCAGCAGUAGCAGCUCAUCGGGAGGCGCAUCCAUGUCUCGCAUGUCUGAGAACUUUCCCUUCACUUUCGGGACCGUCUCAGAGCAACAGGCCGAGACUUUUAUUGUUGCUUGCGCAUUCAUGAUUCCUCCACCUCUGCGGGCAUCAAGAGGGAGGAGGAGGAAGGAGGGGCCCCGAUGGGUGGGGAUGGCAGUGCAGAGCAGAGCAGUGCAGUGCUGGGCAGGACAAGCUGUGGACUGAGUCUCCGGGGGGAACCACAGAAACGGAAAGAAUAACUACCUGACAGCCAUAGUCCCCGUCCCCAGGCCCGAGCCCGGCCAUCUUCUGCUGGGGCAGCUAGCGGCAGUGAGAAGAAUUGUAGAACAGAGAUAAGGUGGCCUGGCCACAGAGAGCUGCGUCAACAAGUGUGAAGAAAGUGAAGUCAACCGAAGAGAGAGAGAGAGAGAGAGGGAGGGAGAUGGAGAUGGAGAUGGAGAGAGGUGAUCGACACUGGUCACGAUGGAGGCAGACAUCUCAUACCAUCCCAUGCUGGAGAGGCUGGGGAGGACAGAGAGGUCAGUGCACGGCAGAGCUGGCGAUGUCUGCCGCAAUUAUAAUGGCUCUUGCUUGCUCUGGGGCGAGCACUUUACGGGCAGGGCUGAGCCUGCUGCUGCAGGCAUGCGGAAGGACAAGACGAGCUGAUGUGAUGGGAAGGGAGAGACAGAUCACGGGACGAAUUGAACGACAGGGGCCAAAAUUUAAUGCCUGGGCAUGUUUUACAUUUGAAAAGGGGCCCGAGGUGGGCUGGGGCUGUGUGUGCUGACGAUUAUGCUGACUCGUGGCACUGACCAACCGCUAGAUGACUGACUCUUGCUUCGAUCGAUGCAAGUGCACUGUACUGAUCUGAUGAUGGUGGGGGAGGGCGAGGGCGAGGGCUCGUUCGCUGGCUGCCGAGCGGGGGAGCGAGGGUUGGCAAAGGAGCAGCAGCAGCAGCAAACAGGCGAAACGAACAUACCGGCGGAGGUGGAGGAGGAGGAGGCGGCAGCCGUAGUUGCAGUAACAACAGCAGCAGCGCACUGCCUUCGACAUGGACGCGACGACGACACCCCACCCACACCCACACCCACAGCCGAACCUCGAGUCAAACCAAGGCGAGCAAAGUUUCCCUCCAUUCUUACUCUGGGCGUCAGUGAAUGAAUGACAAGAUGCAAGAGAGCGCAGAGAACCUGCAGCAGCAGCAGCAGAAGGGGCUGCUGGCUGGCUGAGUGGAUGGAUGGCCCGGGUGAUUCGAGAAUUAAAUGACCCAGAAAUCGGUAUCAUAAGACGUACAACAUCGACGAGUGGAGUGAAUGAGGAGAGAGAUGAGGUGAGUGAGUGAGUGAAUGAAUGAAUGAAUGAGAGGAAGCAGAGGUGGAAAUUGCACCGCCAACGAGAGAGCGAGAGAGAGAGAGAGAGAGAGAAAGGAAGAUGAAAUGGAACAUGAACAUGUCACGUCAGCUCAGCCUGCAUGAGUGAGAUGAGAAUGGUUACAAAGGGACCUCUCGUAUUUCCAAUUCCAAAUCGGUUGUAUUAUCACCCAAACUUUCCGUGUUCAAUGGGAUGG